AUGGUUCACUUAUCGCAGGCUUUGGCCACUGCGCUUUUAGCAUCCGGAAUCCUUGCACAUCCCGGCGGAAACACCAACAGAGAGAUAUUGAGAAGACAAGCUCAUCUCGAACAUCCCUACCGCCGAAAUGUACAAGAAUGCAAACGCGAUCUAGUCGAGAGUGGAUGGGUUAGGGAGCAACAUAUGAGGCGCGAGGCAAGACUUCACGAACUCCGAGUUGCUGCCGGCUUUGCGAAAGAGCAUGAGAUUAUUCGUCGUGAUCCUGCUGAGGUAGAGGAGAACUAUGGUGUUGAGGCAGCAUGCACGCUCGACCCUGAGGCCACUGAAGGACCAUACUGGGUCACCGGCGAGCUCAUCCGAUCAGAUGUCCUUACUGGCGAGAAAGGCGCUAUUACCCAUCUCGACAUUAACGUGAUUGAUACGUCUGGUUGCAAGCCAAUUACCGAUGCCUAUGUAGAGCUCUGGGGCUGCAACUCUACUGGUGUGUAUACGGGUGUGCAAGCUAAGGGCAAUGGGGAUGGCUCUGCUACUGCUAUUGCCACCAAUGCACUUCGUGGUGUUCAGCCCACUGGUAAAAACGGUACCGCGACCUUCACCACAGUCAUUCCAGGGCACUACGUUGGCCGUGCAAACCACCUCCAUACAAUCAUCCAUCACGGUGCCAAGCUCUUGCCCAACAACACUAUCCAAGGCGGCACGAUCUCACACGUUGGCCAAUUUUACAUUGAGCAAAACUUCCUAGGGGAAGUCGAAAAGACCCCUCCCUACAACACCAACAAGCAAGCUCAGACUCUCAACGCCCAAGACUUUCUCUUCAACAUGGGUAAGCAGGGCGGCGAUGAUCCUGUCAUGAAGAUCAGCCUGAUUGGCAAGACAAUUGCAGACGGUCUGUAUGCGACUAUCGAUGUUGGUGUCAACCCGAGGGCGAAGCAAAACCCGCAGCCGGUUAACAUGUGGACGCCGCAAGGUGGCAAGCCGGUGCCUGGAAGUCCGUGGACCGGAUACCCGGACACGUGCAAGUUCUGUGGGUUUAGGCCGCCGAUGGAGAAAAAGGGUGUUGAUGGUGAGGUUGAAGAGACAUUGGAUAUGGAGUAG